AUGGGUAUUAAACACCUAUUCCAAGUGAUCUCCGAGAAUGCGCCCGAUGCAAUCAAGACGGGAGAGAUCAAGAACCACUUUGGCCGCAAGGUUGCAAUUGAUGCAUCUAUGAGCAUCUACAGUUUUCUCAUCGCCGUGCGGUCAGAGGGUCAGCAGCUUACAAAUGAGAGUGGUGAGACUACGUCACACUUGAUGGGCAUGUUUUACCGAACCCUGCGAAUGGUCGACAAUGGCAUUAAGCCUCUAUACGUAUUCGAUGGUGCCCCACCGAAGCUGAAGUCCGGCGAGCUGGCAAAGCGUGGCGCACGCAAGGCCGAAGCCCACGAAGCCCAUGAAGAGGCCAAGGAGACCGGUACCGCGGAAGAUAUUGAGAAGUUCUCGCGACGUACUGUGCGAGUCACGCGCGAACACAAUGCAGAGUGCAAACAGCUUCUGAAGCUCAUGGGUAUUCCGUACAUCGAUGCGCCCACCGAGGCUGAAGCCCAAUGCGCAACCCUGGCGCGUGCGGGUAAGGUCUAUGCCGCUGCAUCGGAGGAUAUGGAUACCUUAUGCUUUGAGUCCCCCAUUCUGUUGAGACACUUGACGUUCAGUGAGCAGAGGAAAGAGCCUAUUCAGGAGAUUCACUUGGAUCGGGUGCUGGAAGGUCUUCAGAUGGAUCGCACCCAGUUUAUUGAUCUUUGUAUUCUGCUGGGUUGUGACUACCUUGAGCCCAUUCCCAAGGUCGGGCCCUCGACUGCCCUCGCUUUGAUCCGUGAGCACGGUAGCCUAGAGAAAGUACUGGAGUUCAUGGAGAAAGACCCGAAGAAGAAAUUUGUGGUCCCAGAAGAUUGGCCUUACCAAGAUGCACGCGACCUGUUUGUCUCUCCGGACGUGCACGAUGCAGAGCACCCCUCCUGUGAUUUCAAGUGGGAAGCCCCGAACGUGGAUGGGUUGAUUCAGUAUCUGGUCACUGACAAGGGAUUCAACGAGGACCGCGUACGUAACGGUGCGGCACGGCUGACGAAGAACCUAAAGAGCGCGCAGCAGUCACGUUUGGAGGGUUUCUUCAAGCCGAGGGAACGCACCGAGGACGAGAAGGCCAGUCUUAAGCGAAAGCACGAGGAGAAGGUCCUAAAACAGAAAAAGCAGAAGAAGGACGAUGCCAAGGCGAAGAAAGACGCAAAGGCCAAGCCGCGUGGUGCAGGCUAG